CUCGCUGUCGCUGCCUGACAGGGUUUCUCUCCCGCCCCCUGGAUGGAGCGGGUUUAUUUAUUGCAGCUGGGAGAAGGGUAUCUUCCAGGCAGGGCUGGAGGCCGCUGAGAAGGAAACUGCUGCGCUGUAGACUCUGCCUGGCAUUUCUGCCAGUGACUCAGCAGGCUGUGCCACCUCCCCGCUCGGGAAUCGGGCUCCGCUCUGGGGAGGAGGACCCCCCCACCCCCUUCUCCGCUCCGCUCUGGUGGCUGAGAAGAUAACGGCCUGAUCUGGGCCUUCCUCUCCGCACAGCUCCGGGACCACCAGGCCUGCGCACGGACUCUGCUUGCUGCGGCAUUGGCAGCACUGACGCCCUAAACCGACACCACCCAGGGCCCACUGAAGCGGCAGUGAGCGCCUGGGAACAUGUCCCACGAGAAGAGCUUCCUGGUGUCGGGCGAUGGCUUCGCCGCUCCAAGCCCUGCCUUCCCUGGGCAGCAGCCUCCUGCCCCGCCAGCCUACGCACAGCCCCCCUACCCAACAGCACCCUAUCCACAGCCCCAGUUCCAGCCAGGACCUUACAACCAGCCGGGCUUUCCGCAGGGCCCGUACCCUCAAGGGCCUGGGCCGUACCCACCGGCCCCGUAUGCUCAGGGGCCGUAUCCACCAGCAGGCGCGUAUCCUCAGGGGCCGUAUCCAUCAGGGCCGUAUAUGCAGCCGCCAUACGCCCAGCCACAGCCCAUAGUCUCAGAGGACCAAGGCUCUCCGCUGCACAGUAACUACCAUGAGGACGGGCCGCCCUCGUACUACGACAACCAGGACUUCCCCAUCACCCACUGGGACGACAAGAGCAUCCGCCAGGCCUUCAUCCGCAAGGUGUUCCUGGUGCUGACCCUCCAGCUGAGCGUGACCUUGGCCUUCGUGGCCAUCUUCACCUUUGUGAAGGGCAUGAAGGGCUUUGUGAGGCGAAAUGUCUGGAUGUACUAUGUCUCCUACGCCAUCUUCUUCAUCUCACUGAUCGUGCUGAGUUGCUGUGGGGAGUUCCGCCGCAAGUACCCCUGGAACCUGGUCGCCCUGUCCAUCCUGACUCUCAGCCUCUCCUACAUGGUGGGGAUGAUCGCCAGCUUCUAUCAAACGGACGCCGUCAUCAUGGCCGUGGGCAUCACGGCCAUCGUCUGCUUCACCGUUGUCCUCUUCUCCCUGCAGACCAAGUAUGACUUCACCUCCUGCCGGGGCGUGCUGAUCGUCUGCCUGGUGGUGCUGAUCCUCUUCUCCAUCCUGUGUAUCUUCAUCCGGAACCGCAUCAUGGACAUCGUCUACGCCUCGCUGGGAGCCCUGCUCUUCACCUGCUUCCUGGCGGUGGACACUCAAAUGCUACUGGGGAACAAGCAGUUGGCCCUGAGCCCGGAGGAGUACGUCUUCGCCGCCCUCAACCUCUACACGGAUAUUAUCCAGAUCUUCCUCUACAUCCUCGCCAUCAUCGGCCGGGCCAAGGACUAGUGCGCGCCCGCUGCUGCGGAGAGUAGGGUAACCUGCCCCUGUGCCAGCCCCACCUCACUGCGUGUCACUGCCCCCACCCCAGCCCUGCUCCCCCAUAGCCAUUUGGUGUGGUGUUUUCAUGGCAUCUCGUUGUUGGUUCUCGUGUUCUAGUUAUUUUGACCCAUGGUCCCCUCACCAGCUCUUCAGGGAGGACAGUGGGGCGGGGGGCAGCUGAGCGGCAGUGGGCUCAUGGUUUUGGAAGGACCCGUCCUGGGCAAUCAUGGGAUGAGGGACGCUCUCCAUCCUUCGGCUGCCCGUGCUGUGUGGGGCAGGGCGGGGGUGUAUACAUCGCUUUGCUCUGCACCAUGUCAGGAGCUGCUGUCUUGCUUCAGGGAAUGUUGCUGCCUGGUUGAGUCCCAAGCAUGCUGCUCCUGCCCUCUGGCAGCCCCCCUCCUCCUCCACGGAUGUGCCCAGCUCCCUGGCAGCCAGGGGCAGCUCUUUGGCCGCCACUGCUCCUCUCCGCUGUCACUAGCCAGCUGCGUCCCCAGCCUCCCAGUGGUGAAUGGAUUGAAACCCUCUCUGGCCCCACGCAGGCAGAUCAGGCCUUUAGUGAGACGACCAGAGAGAGUUCAAAGGCAGGCUCUAUUAGCGCCUGGCCCUGGAGAUCUGGCAUGCUGGGCGGUGCCUCCCAAGCGCAGCCCCUGCCGGGCCUGACAGCACCUGCCUGAUUUCACUACAGUUGGUCAUGAAGAUGUUUGAGACCCUGAACCGGUGGUGGUGGUGGGCUGAGUGCAGGCCGCUCCCUGGAGUGCCCAGGUGUGCAGCCCCCUUGAGACUGCUUCCCAAGGCACUGUGUGUGGCUGGCCUGGGGGUGAGCGCAGGGAUCUGCCCAGUUCCCCUCCCACGAGCACAUGGUGUGGGCUGCGCCGGGGCCCUGCCUUCCCUUUCCAUGCAGCCCAGCUCCCUCCUGCUCCGAGCAGCCGGAGGCUGGGUCCCGGGGUCCCUGUUGUUCUGUAUGUGACUGGCUGCUGCUGUUAAUAAAGCUCUGUUUAGCUGUGAGACCGGCACCUGUCCAGACUCUCCUUUCACCAUCCCAGCCCUCUCCUGGGGCGCCCCCAGCAGGAGCAGCGUCUGUGCCGCCGCCUGCCCAGAGGCCUGGCUAAGCAAGCGGCACCAGGAGAGACCUGGGUGAGGCUGGGCCUGCGGAGCAGUGCUGGUGACCCCUGCUGGGCAGCCCAGAGACAGCUUCGCCAUCCCCUCCCCACACCAAUCCCUGGGGCCAGGGGGCUGCAUUCCUGGAGCUGUGCAAACCUCUCCUGCCCUGUGUGCCAGCCCACUUGGCAGCUAGACACCGAAGGGAGUAAGGGGCUGGCUGAGGAGGUUCUCACUCUAUAGCAGGGUUACUAGCCCUUGGGCUCCGGGCCCCCUCGGGGCCGGGGGAGAGGACUUCAGCAGAGUAACAAGCACGUGUGCCUGCCCCCCACACCUGGGGGUAUCAUGGGGUUAGUGGGGGGGCCUUCUGCACUGUCUGGGCCCAGGUGUGCUACGUGAUGCAGCCAGCGGAGGCCAGCACCGAGGGAUCGAUCCCAGAGCCCCUCCCGCCCUCUGGAGCAAGGGAAGGCCCUGACAGACCCUGGGGCCCUGUAGGGGCAGGGGUCCCAACAGCCCCCUGGGCCCCAACCACACAUACAGUCUCCUGGUAGCACAGGUGGGCCGUGAGCACUGCUGAGCUGCCUGGACUCCAGGGGCAGGAGGUUCUGGGGCAUGGCACUCAAGUGGGGUCCCUGCACUGCUGCAUGCUGCCUGGCUGUCCUUGUGCCCCGAGCCCAGUGCCACUCGGCACUCGCUGUAUAAACAGGAUGUCCUAAUAAAGUGAGAAUGUACAAAG